AUGGCACUUCCGGUGCCCCUCCUCUCUAGCCAGCGAAGAGAACUGCCAAGUCAGUUCCGGCAGAGAGCGCGGCUAGAAGCGGAUCGUGGCCUUCUACCCUGGGGCCCUCCAGGCCCUCCGGCCUCUGGUCGGCGAAGCCUCCGCAUGGCCACCGAGAACGUGGCGCCUUUGGGAGUCGGGCGUGGCAGGACUAGAAGAAUGGCGGCCGCUCGAACUCUGCGGAGGGCCGUUAGAGUCUCGGGGGCCUGGGAAGGAUUGUGGACGCCAGCUUGUCCACCCUUAGGCCUUGGGGCCACACGGAUCCGCGACCUGAGGUGA